AUGGCAUCUCCUAACUCCGCUUUCUGGCCCUUUGGGGCGGAAGAAGGGAACAACAAAAAUGAGAACCCAGGCACAGCAAAAGCCUGGUGUCAGGUUGCCCAGAAGUUUACAGGAGGAAUUAGUACAAAAUUGUGUGCUUUACUUUAUGGAGAGGGUGAAAAAUCAGGAGAAAAUUGUGCUAAAAGUGAAAUUGGUUUAGAUGAUAAACGGAUGGCCUCUAACAAUGAAAAAAAGUCAUGCACCUGCAAUAAGGGCGAAAUGAACUUUUCAAUGUUGUAUUCAACAGAUCUCCUGCCAGCACAAAACGGUGAAAUGUAUACCCUUCCUUUCCUUGAAGAAGUUAUACACGUUUUAUUGCAAUACGUAGUAAAGACUUUUGACAGGUCAACAAAGGUGAUAGAUUUUCAUUAUCCAAAUGAGCUUCUGCAGGCACACAACUGGGAAUUGUCUGACCAGCCAGAGACAUUGGAAGAAAUCUUGCUCAACUGCAAAACAACAUUAAAAUAUGCUAUCAAGACAGGACACCCUAGGUAUUUCAAUCAGCUGUCAACUGGACUUGAUAUGGUUGGAUUAGCUGCAGAUUGGUUGACCUCAACGGCAAACACCAAUAUGUUUACUUAUGAAAUUGCCCCUGUAUUUGUAUUGUUGGAGUAUGUCACACUAAAAAAAAUGAGAGAAAUGAUUGGGUGGCCGGGAGGAUCUGGCGAUGGUAUAUUUUCCCCUGGUGGUGCCAUAUCUAACUUGUAUGCUAUGUUGAUUGCACGUUUCAAGAUGUUCCCGGAAGUUAAAGAGAAAGGAAUGGCAGCUAUCCCCAGACUGGUUGCCUUUACAUCAGAACAUAGCCACUUUUCUGUUAAGAAGGGAGCAGCUGCUUUGGGGAUCGGUACUGACAGUGUGAUUCUUAUCAAAUGCGAUGAAAGAGGAAGAAUGUUGCCAUCAGAUCUUGAAAGAAGGAUUAUUGAAGCCAAGCAAAAGGGAUUUGUUCCAUUCUUUGUUAGUGCCACAGCAGGAACAACUGUAUAUGGAGCAUUUGACCCACUUAUAGCUAUUGCCGAUGUUUGCAAGAAGUAUAAAAUCUGGAUGCAUGUGGAUGCUGCAUGGGGUGGCGGACUGCUGAUGUCAAGAAAACACAGAUGGAAGUUAAAUGGUGCUGAUAGGGCUAACUCAGUGACGUGGAAUCCACAUAAAAUGAUGGGUGUCCCAUUGCAAUGUUCUGCUCUGCUGGUUAGAGAAGAGGGUUUAAUGCAGAAUUGCAACCAAAUGCAUGCAUCAUACCUUUUUCAACAAGAUAAACACUAUGACCUAUCCUACGAUACUGGAGACAAAGCAUUGCAAUGUGGACGCCAUGUUGAUAUUUUUAAGUUAUGGUUGAUGUGGAGGGCAAAGGGAACUACAGGAUUUGAAGCCCACAUUGAUAAAUGUUUAGACCUGGCAGAAUAUCUAUACAAUAAGAUAAAGAACAGAGAAGGUUAUGAAAUGGUGAUUGAAGGAAAGCCCCAGCAUACAAAUGUGUGCUUCUGGUAUAUACCGCCGAGUUUGAGAAACAUGGAAGACAAUGAAGAAAGAAUGAAUCGACUUUCAAAGGUCGCCCCUGUGAUCAAGGCCAAGAUGAUGGAAUAUGGAACCACUAUGGUCAGCUAUCAGCCCCAUGGGGAUAAAGUAAACUUCUUCCGAAUGGUCAUCUCUAAUCCAGCAGCAGCUUAUCAAGACAUUGAUUUCUUGAUUGAGGAAAUUGAGCGUCUUGGACAAGAUUUAUAA